GAAGCCGAAGCCAGCGACUGAGAAUGGAAGUCUUCAAGCCGGUUGCAUUCUCUACCCACAUCCAACUCUCAUGGGGCCAAAGAGCAGCAGGGUGGGGCUUCAGGUACCAAGAGGGUGAGAGGAACACACUCACUACUGGAACACCAUCCUUAAGGCCACUGAAAACACUGUCUGGAGUGCCACGUGGCAUCUAGGUGACUGUCACCAUCACUUCCUGGGUGGAGAUGCCCCAGCACGGAAUGGGGGACAAGACUUUCAUUUCCAUGCCUCAGCUGGCCCUCCCCAGUCCACAUGAGGCCUUGGACAGCGAGUGUACUUGCAUCCCGCUCAGCAGAAGGGCAUCCCUUGGCUCAACCCCCAGCCCCAAUGUGCCACGGCAUACCACUCGUGGCCCCCUGGACCCCUGCAACCAGCCGCUGUGCCCGCUGGAGAGAGAGAAGUGCCAUGUGGACCCUGAGCUGUGCUAUGUGUCCCAGCCUCAGCCACAGAGCCUGGUGUGUGGCUGGCGUGCCUUCACCCCUGCAUGCCUGCAGGUCUUCAACACACCCCAGGGCUUCCUGUGCUUCCUGUGUGCUGCCUCCUUCCUGCAGGGCAUGACAAUCAAUGGUUUCCUAAACACUGUCAUCACCUCCAUCGAACGACGCUUCGAGCUGCUCAGCUACCAGAGUGGCCUCAUUGCCAGCUCCUAUGACAUGGCCGCCUGCCUGUGCCUCGCCUUUGUCAGCUACUUUGGGGGCAGCGGCCACAAGCCACGCUGGCUGGGCUGGGGGAUGCUGGUCAUGGGAGCUGGCUCACUGGUGUUCACGCUGCCACACUUCACUGCUGGCCCUUACCACACUGUGGCCACCGGGGGCACCGGGGUGUGCCAGGCCAACCACAGCACGGCCUGCACCCCUAGCUCCUCUGGCCUGUCCAGCUACCGGCUGGUCUUUAUGCUGGGCCAGUUCUUACACGGCGUCGGGGCUACGCCCCUCUACACACUAGGCGUCACCUACCUGGAUGAGAAUGUCAAGACCAGCUACUCACCUGUCUAUAUCGGUAUCUUCUACACUGCAGCUAUCCUGGGGCCCGCAGCUGGCUACCUGGUGGGAGGAGCCCUGCUGAACAUCUACACAGAAAUUGGCCACUGGACAGAACUGACCACUGAGAGCCCAAUGUGGGUUGGUGCCUGGUGGGUAGGAUUCCUGGGAGCAGGGGCUGCUGCCUUCCUCAUCGCCAUCCCCAUCCUUGGCUACCCACGCCAGCUGCCAGGUUCCCAGCGCUACAUGGUUAUGAGGGUGUCUGAGACGCAGCAGUUGAAGAACAACAGUCACAAGACAGCCAGUAACCCUGACUUUGGGAAGACCUUAAAAGACCUGCCUCUUUCCAUCUGGCUCCUCCUGAAGAACCCCACAUUCAUCCUGCUCUGCCUGGCUGGAGCCACCGAGGCGACGCUCGUCACAGGAAUGUCCACAUUUGGUCCCAAGUUUCUCGAGUCACAACUCAACCUGAGUGCCUCGAAAGCUGCCACCUUGUUUGGGUACCUGGUGGUGCCAGCAGGUGGUGGUGGCACCCUCCUAGGUGGCUUCUUCGUGAACAAGUUCAAGCUCCGAGGCUCAGGCAUCAUCAAGUUCUGCCUGUUCUGCACGCUGACCAGCCUGCUGGCCACCUUUGUCUUCUUCAUGCACUGCCCCAAUGUGCCCAUGGCAGGGGUGACAGCCAGCUACAGUGGAAGCCUUCUGCCUGAGGGCCAGCGGGCGCUGACGGCUACUUGCAACAUUGCCUGCGGCUGCCAGCCUGAACACUACAACCCGGUGUGCGGCUCCAACGGCCUCAUGUACUUCUCACCCUGCCAUGCGGGCUGCCUGGAGGCAGCGUUCACCGGCUCUGACAGCCAGAAGGUGUACCGAAACUGUAGCUGUAUCACUCAGAAUUUUUCCUCUGGUUAUGGCCAUGCUACUGCAGGGAAAUGCACUUCAACUUGUCAAAGAAAGCCCCUCCUUCUGGUUUUCAUAUUCGUUGUAAUUAUCUUUACCUUCCUCAGCAGCAUUCCUGCACUCACAGCCACUUUACGGUGCGUCGAUGACCAGCAGAGAUCCUUUGCCCUAGGAAUCCAGUGGAUCGUGGUUAGGACGCUAGGGGCCAUCCCUGGACCUAUCGCCUUUGGCUGGAUCAUCGACAAGGCAUGCCAGCUCUGGCAGGUGCAGUGUGGCCAGCAGGGCUCCUGCCUGCUGUACCAGAACACGGCUAUGAGCCAAUACAUGCUGGUGGCUGGGCUGGCCUACAAGGUCCUGGGCUUCAUCUUCUUUGCCGCUGCCUGCUUCCUGUACAAACGACCGUUGAGAUCUUCGAAUGGCCUAGACACUUCUCUGCCCAGCCAGUCCUCAUCCUCUGACAACAACAUGGACCUCCAGCCCCAGAGUGACGUCUGAUGACUACCCAUCACCCAGAGGCAGAGUCAAGCACCUGUCCCCCUGGGACGUUAACUGCUCCCCUAAGGGCUGACCUCACUGAGUGAGUCCAGCCCAGAUGACCCUUUCCCAAACUUCCUGCUGAUUCUGAGCCAUUGGGUGUGUUUGUCAGAGCCUCAAAAGCAGCAAGAAACAAGACUUCAAGGAGCCUGUUCCCCUCUCUCCUGGCCCAGCCUAGAAUUUCCCAAAGGGAGCAGGUGGCCAUCUUUAUGGCUCAGAAGGAGACAGCAAAGGUGCCCAGAGGCAUUCAGCAGAUAAGCUGCCACCAUCUCCCCCUCCCUUCUCUGCCUCCUCCACACUCUACAAUUUAUUCCCAACCACUGGGGGUGAACAUACUCUGCUGGGGCUUAGGAAGCCAGACAGAGUGAUGCUUUUAAAGAAGACCUGAACUCCAGUGUAAUAAUGGAACGCAGGUGCCUGGGGCAAGGCCUUGAUUCUGCUCCCACUCAUUUGAAACAGAGGUGCUGGGAAGGAGGCCUGGGCUAGUUGAACACCUACCCCCGGGAGACUAGAGGUGCGCCAUCAGAGCCUGCGAUGGAUGCAGGUGGCUGUGCCCCAGACUGUGCAGUGGAGAGCCAGCCCUGCAUGGGUCAGAGUGCCCAUGACUGUUUAGCAUCCUGCCUGCCACUCGGGCCCCACGUCCAGUGGAUCCUAGUAAGGGAGCUGUCAGAGGCAGCCCCAGGUCCCAUGCUCUGGAACCUGCUGCUUGACAUCUUCCUAAAAUCUUCUGGCAUGCCCUGGACUUGGAGCCCACAGCAGAGUGGACGGGGGCUGUGAAGAAGACAGCGGCAAAGAAGAUAAGCUGGCACUUUCAGCCUGGGUUUUCUUGACACUUAUUUAUAGCGUCUGCUGUUACAUGCAGCCUGCAGAAAGACUCAGCAGUCACGUGGGUUCUGCUAGGCUGGGCAGGUCACAGCUUCCAUGGGCAUCCAUAAAGUUGUAUAUGUAAAUAUAUUUUAAUAUUUAAAGUCA